CAUGAAAAGAAAAUAAUAUAUAUAUAAAAUAAUGUUAGCUUAAAAAAAAAAAGUAGGAGUGUUAUCUGACAUCAAUCAUCCAAGGCGAAAGAGAUGGAAGGAACACAUGAUUCCUCCCCUCCCGUCUCCUCCUCUCCCGUUUCCUUCUCAUCUUUUCUCGUGAUCGUGGUGCGUCAAUCAUACACGUCGAUACGUAUCUCCGCCGAUAAUGAGGGGCACCGCCCAUGCACUGCUCUGUCGCGGCGGUGGUCGGCCGAGGAUGAGAAACCAUCUCCAUUCCCAGCAGCUUGUUUUUCUCCUUCCCGUCCCCCUCUGCCGUCUUCUUUAUUGGAAACUUGCCCGUCUUGGCACCUGGGACCACUCUUCCAGGAAGAAUUCUGUGGGCAGCCAGGCGACGCAUCUUGGGGUGGCAGUGGCAACAUCGGGAGGCCAACAGAGUGCGGGGUCUGCUGGUGGUGCACGCGGACCGCCAGAGCUGGUGAAGCGAGGCCGCUGGUGGCACCGUAGGUAGGAGAGGCCAUGGCUAAGGAUUCCUCUCUCCUAUAGACUUUACUUCUUUCCUCUCUAUUAGAUUAUUACAUAUAUAUAUGUUACACAUGGCAUAUGACUCUGAUCAUUAUUUUUGAUAAAAAAGUUGUUCUUCUUCU